AUGGAUUCACUGUCUUCUGUUGUUGGCGCUUAUGUGACCUGGGAUGUCAAAAUUCUACUUUUCUUCAUUGCAAUGUUUAUCCUCACUAUAGAUUAUAUUAAGAACCGCCAGCCAGCCAGCUUCCCUCCAGGACCAUGGGCUCUACCUAUCGUUGGCAACAUCUUCUCUGUAGACCACAGCAGGACCCAUGAGAGUAUGACACAGUUAUCAGGGAAAUAUGGAGAUGUGUUCAGCCUGAGAAUGGGUCAGAAGUGGAUGGUGGUCUUGAAUGGCUUUGGGGUUCUGAAAGAAGCUCUUGUAAAUCAGGGGGGCAGUUUUUCUGACCGUCCACCCCUCCCUCUGUAUAUGGACAUGUCCAAUGGUCUAGGUGUUGUUUUAAGUAAUGGACACUUGUGGAAGCAGCAGAGACGUUUUGCUCUUUCAACCCUCAGAAAUUUUGGACUUGGCAAGAAGACACUUGAGCCUGUGAUUCUUGAUGAAUUAACAUAUUGUUUAAAGAAAUUAAAGAGCUAUGAAGGUAAGCCCUUCAAUCCCCACCUCCACAUAAACAACGCUGUCUCCAACAUUAUCUGCUCCAUGGUUUUCGGGCAUCGCUUUGCAUACACUGAUAAGAAGUUCAGGACGCUGAUAGGCGACUUCCAAAAAUUUUUUGUGAGUCAGACAUCAAUUUGGGCACAGUUUUACAACUCAUUCCCUAAGCUGAUGAGAUACAUACCAGGGCAACAUCAGACAUUCCUGAAGGUUUCUAGUGAUAUAAAGGACUUCAUAAGAGAAGAGCUUAAGGAUCACAAGCAGCACUGGGAUCCCUCAGACCAAAGGGACUACAUCGACUGCUACCUGAAUGAGAUAGAGAUGAACAAGGGGAGGAAUGACAGCACUUUUGAUGAAGAGAACUUGGUAGAAUGUGUCUUGGAUCUUUUCUUGGCUGGUUCUGAGACCACAUCCACCACCCUCCGCUGGGCUUUCCUCCACAUGGCAAAGUACCCUGAGAUCCAGACAAAAGUCCAGGCUGAAAUAGACAGAGUUAUUGGACAGUCCAGGCCACCAUCAAUGGAAGAUCGUGUAAACCUGCCCUAUACUGAAGCAGUCAUCCAUGAGGUCCAGAGGAUGAGCAACAUAGUUCCUCUCAAUUUGCCACAUAUGACCAACAAAGAUGUCCAGCUGAGAGGCUACACUAUCCCAAAGGGGAUUACAGUCAUUCCCAAUUUGACCACGGCCCUAUUUGACAAGAAUGAAUGGGAGACACCCUUCACCUUCAACCCCAGACACUUUCUGAAUGAGGAGGGCAAGUUUGUGAAGCAGGCUGCUUUCAUCCCUUUCUCUGCAGGAAAGCGGCUGUGUCUUGGUGAGAACCUGGCAAAGAUGGAGCUUUUUCUUUUUUUCACCUCAUUCAUGCAGCACUUCACCUUUUCCAUGCCUGCUGGGGUGAAACCAGUGCUGGACUUCAUCUAUGGGAUCACUCUGGCUCCAUGUCAUUAUGAAAUCUGUGCAACGCCACGCAUGUAGAAGCUGUGAUUGACAAAGAAUCCCCAAAAGCAAUAGUCUCAUUUCUUUGGUAUCACUGAAGGGUUUAAAGACCAUUUACAAACUGAUAUUUUCCUUAUAUUUUGGAUCAAAUUAUUCGCAGAGCCCCUGCUAAUACCCCUUUAAAGGAGUAAGUGUGUUAUAACUUUCCCUUUCUGAGUUUUGUUGUGCACCUUCACUGUCCAGGUGGGCUUUAAAACAUAGUUUUAAAUCUAGUUUUUUUUUUUUCUACCUUCGCUCAAGCUGGAAUUUUAUUCUUUAAACUCAUAUUUAAAAUCAAGAAAUUAAUGAUUUGUCUUCUGUUUUCCUUGGAAAAUUAGCUCAAUUUCAAUCCCCUUCUUUGGCCUUUUGGUCUGCCAUAAACUUUAAUAAUGAUAGAUUUAAAGCACUGGUUUGUACUGUGACCCUGAAUCCCUUUAAUGUCAUUUUAAUUUACUUUUUAAAUUGCGCUGUCUCAUAAAGCUCAAUAAUGGUUGUUUUUAUAAAUGUGUUUUCUGAUGUGAUUGAAGUGACUUGUGUAGUUUGGUGAUUAAAGAUACUUGGCAAGGUCUUGUUCUCAUUAUAACAUUAAAUUCUCAAACAGACUCACAAACGGAGAUUCUGGUAAUGUUCAGUUGACAUUAUUGUCAGUGUAACAUAAAAAUAUCUGCUCCCUUUUGCAGCAG